CCAGGAAUUAACCUGAGUCACAGCUUUGGGCUGGGGCCACGGGGGAAGAAACGUGUAGCAGAGGAGGCAGCCCGUUCCCAGGAAGGCCUUAGAUAGUGAGUCAAGGACUGGGGGAAAGGCAAGGAAAGUCAUGGCAGAGACUCACAGUCAUGUUUGAAUCUGGGAGACAACCCAGUUUAAGUGUGAGCCAGAGUGGGAGCACUAGUCCACUUUAUCAGCCAGCAGGAUCACAGCUGUGACUCUAGGAAGGCCUUUGGGGUGCUUGGAGAGGGAGGGAGUGGCUUUAGCAUAUGAGGGCCAGGACUGGCAGGCUGACAGGCAGGGCGGGCCAUGGUCAGGAGGCAGGCCUAUGGGUGGACCCAGUCAGUUUCACUUCCUGAGCCACUGUUGCCAGCAGCAGAACCAGCAGACUGCCUUGUUGCCUGCUUCUCGGCUCAGCAUGGGCUCCCAGGCGCUGCCCCAUGGUCCCAUGCAGACCAUCAUCUUCUUGGAUCUGGAAGCCACUGGCCUGCCUUUGUCUCAGCCCAAAAUCACAGAGCUGUGCCUGCUGGCUGUCCACAGAUAUGCCCUGGAGAACACCUCCAUCUCUAGGGGCCAGCCGCCUCCCAUACCCAAACCACCCCGCGUGGUGGACAAGCUCUCUCUAUGCAUUGCUCCAGGGAAGGCCUGUAGCCCUGCGGCCAGCGAGAUCACAGGUCUGAGCACAGCUGCGCUGGAAGAAUACGGGCGUCAAUGCUUCGACGACAACUUAGCCAGCCUGCUCCGAGCCUUCCUGCAGCGCCAGCCACAGCCCUGCUGCCUGGUAGCCCACAAUGGCGACCGCUACGACUUCCCCCUCCUGCAGGCAGAGCUCGCUGGGCUGAGCACUGCCAGUCCUCUAGAUGGUACCUUUUGUGUGGAUAGCAUCGCUGCCCUAAAGGCCCUGGAACAAGACAGCAGCCCCUCAGGGCAUGGGCCGAGGAAAAGCUACAGCCUGGGCAACAUCUACAGCCGCCUUUACGGGCAAGCACCGAUGGACUCACACACUGCGGAAGGUGACGUUCUAGCCCUUCUUAGCAUCUGUCAGUGGAAGCCACGGGCCCUGUUACAGUGGGUAGACAAACAUGCCCGGCCCGUUAGCACCGUCAAGCCCAUGUAUGGCAUUGUAGCCACUGCUGGAAUGACCAACCUGAGGCCUUAUCCUGCCACAGCCACGACAUCCCUCGCCACAGCCAACGUAAGUCCCAGCCAUGGCAGGAGCAGGCGACCCAGGGAGUCUCCUCCAGCAAAGGUCCCAGAAGUUCCAUCACAGGAGGGGCUGCUGGCCCCACUGGGCCUCCUGACCUUCCUGACCCUGGCAAUAGCUAUACUGUAUGGACUCUUCCUGGCCUCACCUGGGCAGUAAGCCAGGAAAGAAACUAUGGCAAAUAAAGACCCCCACAGCACUGA